AGAUUUCACACAAAGCAGACUCGUGAGUGUGUGCUCUCUGCUCCAGUGGAACUGUCGGCCUCUAACAAACACACUCGUUCCUCUUCAGACUUAGGUGAAGAGAAGACGAAGAAUGGAAUCCACCGAGAGUUUUUAUGAGUACUACGACUCUGAGGAGACGGAGAACUCCACCAUGUGUGACUACUCAGAGUGGAUGCCAUCGUACUAUAUCAUCCCGGUGCUCUACAUGCUCAUAUUCAUCCUGGGCCUCUCUGGAAAUGGGGUGGUCAUCUUCACCGUGUGGAGGACUCAAGGCAAGCGACGAGCUGCUGACGUCUACAUUGGUAACCUUGCCCUGGCCGACCUCACCUUCGUGGUCACCUUGCCUCUGUGGGCCGUCUACACAGCCAUGGGCUACCACUGGCCUUUCGGAGUGGCCCUGUGUAAAAUCAGCAGCUACGUGGUGCUUCUCAACAUGUACGCCAGUGUCUUCUGCCUCACCUGCAUGAGCUUUGACCGGUACCUGGCCAUCGUCCACUCUCUGUCCAGCUCCCAGUUGCGAACCCGUGGCAACAUUCAAGCCUCACUGACGACCAUCUGGCUGCUCUCUGGUCUGCUAGCUGCUCCGACUCUCAUUUUCCGCUCUACCAAAUUUGACUCAGAAACCAACCGUACGUCCUGUGCCAUGGACUUCAGCUUGGUGGUGUCGACCAAGCCAGAGGAGAACCUGUGGAUCGCCGGUCUCAGCAUCUCCUCCUCAGCUCUUGGGUUUCUGCUUCCCUUCUUGGCAAUGAUGGUCUGCUACUGCUUCAUUGGCUGCACCAUCAACCACCACUUCAACACCCUACGUAAAGAGGACCAGCGCAAAAGGAGGCUGCUGAAGAUCAUCACCACCCUCGUGGUGGUGUUUGCUGUCUGCUGGUUGCCUUUCCACAUAGUAAAGAGUGCCGACGCCCUGUCCUACCUGGAUCUGUUCCCCACCACCUGUGACUUCCUGCGCUUCCUGCUGUUGGCUCAUCCCUACGCCACCUGCUUGGCCUACAUCAACAGCUGCCUCAACCCCUUCCUCUAUGCCUUCUUUGACCUGCGCUUCAGAUCCCAGUGUCUGUACCUCCUCAAUGUGAAGAAGAUCCUGCACACCAGCCCCCCCAGCUCCCUGUCCUCGCAGAAGACGGAGGCUCAGUCUUUGGCUACGAAGGUGUGACUAUGCAGCUGGGGGCCCAGAGGCACGCUGGGGAGGAGGUGGGUGAAAGACACAGAGCAGGAUAGGUAGAAUGAAACUUUGAAGAACUGGGAUGCCUUCUUAGCAGAUCAGUUUCAGGGGUCACCUCUGACACCGCCUACCCCUACUCCGUCAACAGCUCUGAUCCUGAUCUGAAUAGGACUGAUGGUUUUGAGGGGUUGAACCACUCCAAAACUCCUGCCUCAUUCUGAGUGACACAGGGGUGAAACUAAACAAGACAACGUGCAGAAAACUGUGUUUUUAUUUGUUUUUUGUGUAAAAAAACUGAUCAUUGAAUGUCUCCUGGUCCUCCGGAGGACUUAAUGACGAGCACUGAACACAGGGCUCCUCAGACCACCAAAAUGGUGUGAGUUCCUUGUGUGUUUGCCUUUUCUGUUUUUGUUUUCAUGAGCGAACUCUCAAGGUGUCAUUUCUACCACAGACCUCACUGCUCUGCCGAUCAGACCACAAUAUCUGCACCACAGCUGGCAGCAUUACGUCCCUGUGUGUGCGUGUGUGUGUAGGAAGGGUUUACCAGUUGGCGGGAGGUGUUGGAGUAAGAUAAGACUCUAAACUACAAGUGUGUGUGUGUAGGGGGGUGGGGGGAUAAAGGUGGUGUCAGACAGGCAGACAGACAGAUGGCAGCUGACAAAUGUUUUCAGGAUGUGAAAGGUCCAAAUAAAAGUUUGCUAUUUCAACUGUAUAUGUGUGAAGGAUUGAGGUGUGUGUGUGUGUGUGUGUGUGUGUGUGUGUGUGUGUGUGUGUGCGCGCGCGCGCGCGCGCGUGUGUGUCUGAAUUUAUUCCUGACAAGAACAUAAACUCAUUUUGUAAAUAGAAACAUGUUAUUUUGAUUUCAUGUAAAUGACUUUUUUAUUAAAAAGGUGCUUUGACCCAAAAAUCCUCUCUGGUGUCACUCU